CCCAAACCCUAAGAGUCCGGGAAUGGUUCUUAAAGUUCCUUUCAGCAAGUCAUAAGGUGAAACAUGAGCAAAGGCUUCUUCAACAACCACCGUUGUCUGAAGAUAAAAGGUAGAUGUCGAGAGAACAUAGAGAGUAAUGACGAAAACCAAAUGUUCCACUAUAGAACCCAAACGACACCUCAGCGUUUACUGGGUAGUGACUUCCUCACCCCGAAAAGCAUCCGUAUUGUGGCCAUCCACACAAAUAUCUGUUUCCUUCUACAGGUUAACGACAAAGUGAACUCCACCAGAUCACCUUCACAUUUCCAUAGGUGGGUUGCGGUGACAGACACAGUUAUUGUUUCUCAUCCAUCGAUAGAGAAACUAGCAGGCUGGUGUUUCUCGCUCUCUUCUCUCUCUGACUGACUGCUUCAACAACGUCAUUCCAUAAGCACGCCCCACACACACACACACCCCACCAUGCUCUAUCUUAAAGGGACAUUCACCAAUAGUAAUCUAGUCCGGUCCUGAUGUUACUGUUGGGGUCGAGGAGGUUCGAUGCUCUGCCAUUGCUUGGUGAUUCCAGCACAGGGAGACUGACCCAACCAGGUCCCCGUUAGGUCUGGCCCGGACCUCCCAGUGGGACUCCAUCAGACCAAACCCCCGACUGCUGCCGCCUUCUCAACAAAUCCACGGAGGCACCGAACCGGUUCUCCGCCGCCGGUGGUUGGGUGAUCGCUCUCCUCCCAUGGAAGUGAGCCACAUCUCCGGGUGUGGUCGUCAGCUGAAACCCUGGACCCGCGGGCCCUGGGUGACCAGAACACACAAACUGGAUCGGUCUCAUCCCGCUGCCUCCACAGACGCUGCUCGACCUGUUGAGUUCCUCCGGCGGAUUGUGUUUUGCCACAUAGACGGGGGCGUUCCCCGGGAGACCGGUUCGGGCCCAACCCACAGCAUUACUCAGCGGCCACCGACACUGCCCCCCUCCCCCGCUGUUCAGUACCCUCUCAGUGAAACCACGUCAGCUGAGACAGACAGUCGGGGAGACCGAGCGGCGGGGAGCGGGCUGUGCAGAGGUGAUAGGUCAGCACUUUGAAAAUUAUGAAAUAUUUCCUCGGUUUCUUGGUGGGAAUUGGAUUCAGUUUGGCUUCAGUUGAGUUUAAAGUUUGUACACCAGAAGCACCAGUGACUGCUGUCUAUGGCCAGUACACAGUACUGACGUGUAGCUUCCCGGUUCAGGUUGAGAUACCACUGGAGAAACUGGUCAUCAACUGGCAACGUGUCGAGAAGGAGGAGGUUGUUUACAGUUAUUAUUAUGGGAAAGAGCAACCAAGUCACCAAAGCCCUCGGUAUUCAGGGAGGACAAGCUUAUUCCCUGAAGACUUUAAAAAUGGGAACGCUUCAUUGAAGCUGGACUGGGUGAGAGCAGAGGAUGUUGGACAGUACCUGUGCUUUGUCGGUGGUUUAAAAGGAAGUGGCCAAGGGAUUGUCUCGCUCACUUUUGCAGCAUACUAUAAGGAACCAAACCUUUUAAUCAAGUUAAUACCAUCUGGGAUGAUGUUCACAUUUGAGUCUCGAGGUUAUCCUGCAGCCACUGUUUCUUGGUACAAUAAAGAAAGAGAGAACAUUUCCUCACUGUCUGAGACCUUGUACCAACAAGAUGGAGAUGGUCUAUACUUGUUGCAGAGUAUUCUGAAAGUCAGUGGUGCCAACAAGAGUUCCAGCUACACUUUCCUGUUAAGAAAUGAUGUUUUACAUCAAUCAAUUUCCAGAACUUUUGAUCUUUCCAUAGAAACAAAAGCUGAUGACAUUUCAAAAAGAAAUAAGUGGAUGCUGGCACUCUCUCUUCUCACCACUGAAUUUGGAAUCAUUUUAAUUCUGGCCAAAGCUUUGUGGAGGAAAGAAGUUUCACAACAGGAGCUAGAGUUGUGACUGCUCGUUGUUCGUUUGACUGAGCAUGGUACACACCAGGACUCUUCAGGGGCUGUAAUUGUACAAGGACUUCUCCAGGAACACUGAAAUCAAUGAGACAAGAGAGAUCUUGCUUUUUGCAGCCUUCUUUGUUCAAACUGCUGAAUAUCAGGACAUCACCCGAAAACCCAAAAACUGCAGAUGCUGGAAAUCUGAAAUAAAAACAGAAAAUGCUGGAAACACUCAACAGGUCAGGGAGCAUCUGUGGAAGGAGAAUCAGUUAGCAUUUCAGGAUCAUUCAUCAGAGCCAUGUUUCAGGUGUGGGGAGGAGUUGUCCAGUUCUGAUGAGGAAUGUGGAAUCACAGAGCACUACAGCACAGAAACAGGCCCUUUGGCCCAUCUAGUCCAUGCCAACCUGAUCUUCUGCCUAGUCCCAUCUACCUGCACCCGGACCAUAUCCCUCCAAACCCCUCCCAUCCAUGUACCUAUCCAAACUUCUCUUAAACGUUACAAUUGUAGUGAUACCACGUUAUCAUCUAAAUCAUUAAUUUAUAAUCAUAAAACGACUGACCCAGCACUGAUCCCUGGGGCACACCACUAGUCACAGGCCUCCAGUCAGAGAGACAGCCAUCUACUACCACUCUCUGGCUUCUCCUGCCAGAGACCUGAGACAUUCAUAUUGUGUUAGAAGUGGGCAGUGCAUCACUCGGUAUAUCAUGGAAUCUUGCAGCAUGGAGAGAGAUUUUCCAGUCCAUCGUGUCUUGUCUGUUCUUAGUGAGUGCUGUUGAAUUAAUCCCAUCCUGUGCUCUCUUCCCCCACAGCCCCUGCAAAUGUUUAGCCUUCAAGUAUUUAUCCAGUUCUUCUUUGAACAUUAUGAUUGACUAUGUUUGCAUUGUCCUUUCACAAGAUGCACUCCAACAUAAACAGCACUCAGUUUUAGAAAAUAUCCCAUUUUCUGUUGCUCUUUUGUGUGUUUUUUGUUUCCUGAUGGUAUCUGUCCAACAGUUAGAGGUGUACAAAAUAUUAAGAGGAAUAGAUAGAGUAGACAGCCAGCACCUCUUUCCCAGGGCAUCAAUGCUCAAUACAAGAGGGCAUGGCUUUAAAGUAAUGGGUGGGAAGUUCAAGGGAGAUAUCAGAGGGAGGUAUUUUACCCAGAGAGUGGUUGGGGCAUGGAAUGCGCUGCCUGGGGUAGUGGUGGAGGCAGGUACUUUGGUCAAAUUCAAGAGAUUACUAGAUAGGCAUAUGGAGGAAUUUAAAAUAGAGGGAUAUGUGGGAGGAAGGGGUUAGAUGUCUUAGGCGAAGUUUAAAGGUCGGCACAACAUUGUGGGCCGAAGGGCCUGUAUUGUGCUGUACUGUUCUAUGACCUAUGAUGAUCCAUUGUUUCUCUCCACUGCCGCCGCCUGACCUGCGGAGUGUUUCCAGAAUGUUGUGUUUUUGAACUAGGUUGCCUUCGUUCGGAAAUUGCUACGGGAAGCAAACUAUUUAUUUCUAUGAUGGAAAGUUGAUGACGAUGAAAUGAAUGCACUGUUUCCAGCGCUUUUUAUUUUUAUUUCAUUUUGAUAAGCUAGUUAACAUUGUCAGUUAGUAUUAAGUUCCAAAAACACAGAAUAACAUAAUACUUUGUUUUCUACUGUGUUGGUUUCUGUGCUAUGACCAACCGUACUUGUGACUUGUAUUUGCAUCCGCUCUGUGUCAUAUGUUGGACACACAAAACUUUUAGCAUGAGUUUUUGA